UUCAUAUGUCAAUUACCAAUCGCCUACACUUUUGUCAUGCAAAUAGUGAAUGCCUUAACAAACUUUCUUUAUCUCUGCCUUGACCUUCCAAGUUUCAUUGUUGACAAUCGAAAAAUCUGAAAGUCAAAUUUUAGCUUGUUGUCUACGUAGGUUCCAUUGGAAGUGUUAACAAAUAUCACUCAUUCUACUGAUAACAAGCUCAUUUUUCUUCGAAGACACACACAAACUGAGCCCUCAUACAAACAUCAUUCAACAUAUCAAAGAAAAAACAACGCAAAGUCGCUUCCCAGGUUACCGGAAGUGAAAUAUGAAGUGGCAAUAAAUAUUAAUGAUGGUAUUAAUAAGAUAGCUUCGGUGCAUGCAUUUGCCAUUUAAUGAAGCAAACAGAUCUAAUAAGACCAAACAGACAGAGACAGUAUUUGCAGCUCCAUUAAAACAGCUCUCCGAAACAAAGAUGUACGCCUUUGAAGACAGCUUUAUCACAAUUCUUCUCUCCAGAUACCUUGGUAUGGUAUCAAUCGUUUUCCUUCUAACAACUAUAACACUUGCAGUCAUUCAAAGAUUGCGAGAUAAUGCUGAACUUCCUCCAGGUCCUUUCGCCUGGCCAGUCAUUGGAAAUAUUCAUCUGCUUGGUAGCAAACCUCACGAAAGUCUCACAAAGCUGGCCAAAACCUUGGGAGAUGUUUAUAGAUUGCAAUUAGGAUCUCGUCGCGUCGUUGUCUUGAACUCUUUGGAAAGCGUCAAGGAAAGCUUGGUAAAGAAAUCUAGUGACUUUUCAAGUCGUCCACCGUUAAGCAGUUUACAAGCAUGUGAAGGAAGUCUAACGUUUGGACCUUAUGAUUCGAUGUAUGUGAAAAAACGAAGAUUAGCCCAUCUUUGCAUGCACAGCUUUAUGUCAGAUCACGAACGAUUGGACGCUCAGAUUAACUAUGGUCUGCAAAAUCUUUGCAACAGAUUUGCAAACCACGAUGGUGAAUUCGACCCAAUAAAUGACAUUAAGCAUGCAGUUGCAGAAAUGAAUUUCAACUACACUUUUGGAGAGGACAUAGACCCUAAGAAUAAAGAAAAACUUUGCCAAAUAUUGAAGGAGUUCAGUGAAUUCAAUGCAAGUUGCUUGCCCGAUUUUUUGCCAUGGUUAGCCCCGUUCUUCCAAAACUCGUUGAAAAGAAUCAAAGAAAUUGUUGCUCAUCUCUUAGACUUUGUCAAGCACAUUUAUUUUGAAAAGAAAGCGAAAUUCAACAAAAAAGCUGAUAUUGGUUGUGUUGGUGAUGCAUUAGUGCGAUGUUUUGAGAGUGGUACAAAUGAAAGAUUGGCUGUUCUUGGUGAAGAACUUGAUCUGAAAGAAGAAGAUGUUGCUACAUUAUUGACAGAUUUGUAUGGUGCGAGUGUUGAUACGACUAGCACCACUUUGAUUUGGGCAGUUCUAUAUCUGGCGUCAAAUCUCAACGUUCAAGAGCGCUUGUAUAAAGAGAUAAAUAAAGUUGUUGGAGUAAAUUCUUUGGAAAUGAAUGAUAAACAUCGUCUGCCGUUCUUGGAAGCAGUUGUCUUGGAGGUUUUGCGACUGAGCACAGUUCUUCCACUCGCUGUACCACAUUAUACAAAUAAUGAAACAAGAGUUGGAAAGUACAGAGUUCCAAAAGACACAAUGGUUUUUGUCAACUUGUGGGCAAUUAAUCAUGAUGAGAGAGUUUUCAACAAUCCUUAUCAAUUCGAUCCCUGUCAUUUUCUUGAUGAAAAUGGUCAAGUUAACAAAGCUCGUUUCUCUUCAAUUCCAUUUUCGAGUGGCACACGUAAAUGUCUUGGUCAUUUACUGGCUCAACUUCAGUUGUUCUUACUUAUUGGUGGUCUUGUUCAAAAGUAUAAAUUUGAGAUUUCUGGUUCUUCAAAUACGACACCUGAAUUUGGAUUUAUCUUACGUCCACAAUCAUUUAAAAUCAAUGUUUGCCAAAGACAAUAGCGGACAACAGCUAAAAUAACACAAGCUGAGACAACAUGUGCAGAGAUUCACUGAUAAAAAUGCGAUUGAUGCAACGGAUCUAUACUUCUGAACAUAUCUCAAUAAUCAAAUGAAUAAAGCACAAAGCAGUGAUAGCACUGAAACGAGCAACAUAUUGUGCAAAUGCAACAAAGCUGACACUAGCUCUAAAUUAACAAUUUAUCAAACAAACAGCACUAGUUGGUUUAUUUUUACACAUAUCGCGAAGAGACAAAAACCUUGGCAUUAUGGAAAUAAUUUACCUUGACCUUAGUUAACACUACCAUAAAAGUACUCUUUGAUGAAUUUAUCGAGAAAAACAUUCUGUCGCGAAACCAUGUAAAGUGCACUUCAGUUCUUAUUUAAAGUACAUCUAACCAGUAUUUAUAGCCAUUUAAGCUGUAGACAGCUCGUAAUAUUGGACAAUCACGUUGAAAAUAAUUGAAUCGUAGUCAUAUUUUCAAUUCCAAUGUUUCCAUGUCUUCGUAAGACGUUGUAUAUAUACUUAUUUUAUUACUUAAAUAUUAAAUGUAAGCCUUUGUAUGCAGUAAUAAAUGACAUGUAUAUCUA